ACUUAUAGGAAGAAAAGAAAAACAUCUUAAUAUAUUAUCAAAAAAGUUCUUAAAACAGAGGUUGUCCAGCUGAUUCGAUGUCAACUAAAUGAACCACGUAAAAUUUCAGAGACUUGAGCAGGAAUGAGCUGACCGCAAUCAGCAGACGCACCUUCCGAGGUCUGACGGCCCUGAAGAGCCUCCACCUGGACGGAAACCAGCUCAAGUGCAUCGACGAGAAAGCCUUCGAGAACUUGAAGAGCUUGGAGCUAUUAACCCUGAACAACAAUAAUCUUACGUACCUAGCGGUGGAGCCGGCCGCCAUCACCCGCCUCCACACGCUCCGGCUGACGGAGAAUCCUCUCGUGUGCGACUGCCGGCUCACCAGACUCGCCACCGCGAUCAAAGCUGCCAACAUACCGGGCGUCGGAGCUAGAUGUCAAGCGCCCGCCGCCUUGAGAGGGGCUUUGCUCUCAGAUUUAGAAGCCCAUGAACUCAUUUGCAAUGGCGGUAACGCAAUAUCAUCCGUAUCGGCGUUAUCUGGCGGUGAAUGCUCUUCAGAGGCGCGUUGUCCGGCCGCCUGUCGCUGCCCCGCUGACGGCGCCGUCGACUGCAGGGAAAAGAUGUUGCCAGCCUUACCAUCGCCUAUACCACACACUGCCACCGAGAUUCGCCUAGAACAGAACGAGAUAACUGAAGUUGGAGCGGGUGCCUUCGCCCAGGUGAAGCGGGUCACACGCAUCGACCUAUCCAACAACAAGAUCACGAAGAUAGCCGCGGACGCCUUCACGGGACUCACGCAUCUAACUUCCUUAGUUUUGUACGGUAACAAGAUAAAAGAUCUCCCUCCAGGAAUAUUCCAUGGACUGACUUCACUACAACUAUUACUGCUGAACUCCAACGAAAUUACGUGCGUCAGAAAAGAUACAUUCAAAGACUUGCAGAAUCUCAAACUUUUAUCUCUCUACGAUAACAACAUUAGAUCUCUGUCGAACGGGACCUUUGACGCUUUGACAGGCAUACAAACACUACAUUUAGGUCGCAACCCAUUCUCGUGCGACUGCUCGCUGCGCUGGCUCGCCGCUUACCUCCGCAAGAACCCUAUAGAGACCUCAGGCGCUAAAUGCGAUGCGCCUAAACGUAUGAGCAGAAAAAGGAUAGAUGCAUUAAGAGAGGACAACUUUAAAUGCAAACCUGGCGAAGAAACCCCAGAUGCGUGCGGCGAAGUGCCCUCCUGCCCCGCACCUUGUACCUGCACGGCUCGGACCCGCGCCCUCGCCGUGACCUGCCGCGCCGCCCUGCGCGACCUGCCGCGAGACCUGCCGCUGCACACGGACGCGCUAUUGAUGCCAGACAACAAUCUGGCGCAGAUUAAGUCAGACGGGACUUUUGGUCGGCUGCCAGACUUGACGAAGCUGGACUUUAGAAAUAACGGUAUCACGACAAUAGAAGACAAUGCCUUCGAUGGCGCCGCCAAUAUUCAAGAGUUGUUACUGGACGGAAACCUGUUGCAGACACUCACCGACAAGAUGUUCCUGGGACUACACAGCUUGACCGUACUAUCUUUGGCUGACAACAAAAUAAGGUGCAUCACGCCAGGAGCGUUUGACCAUCUCACUAUGCUGACAACUUUACGUCUGGAGAACAAUCCCCUGGAAUGCACAUGCCAUAUAUCGUGGCUCGGCGCGUGGCUCCGAGCGAGGCACCUAGCUCCGGCCGCCGCCUGCGCCGCGCCGCCCGCGCUGCGACGCGCCGCCUUGCUUCACUUGGAGGCUGCUGACUUUAAGUGCACUGCCGAGGACCAGGGCUGCCUCGCCCCAGACUACUGUCCAGCUCAAUGCUCAUGCACGGGGACUGUAGUUCGAUGCUCGCGCGCGCAACUGACAGCCCUACCGCCCAACAUACCCAGGCAGACCACCGAGCUGUACUUGGAAUCCAACGAAAUCACCAGCAUAUCACCGGACCAGCUCCGUCACCUCACCCAGCUGACUCGCCUGGACUUGUCUAAUAACAGGAUCAGCGUGUUAGCCAACGGCACCUUCGAAGGACUGUCGAAGCUGUCCACUCUUAUCGUCAGCUAUAACCGACUGAGAUGUGUUCAGAGGGACGCGCUGAAAGGUUUGACUCAGUUGCGUGUGUUGUCGCUGCACGGCAACAACAUAAGCAUGUUGGCUGACGGGGUGUUCCGAGACCUGGAGUCUAUAUCACAUGUGGCUCUAGGCUCCAAUCCCUUAUACUGCGACUGCAAUCUCCGCUGGCUGGCGGAGUGGGUCCGAAGCGCGGGAGAAUACGUGGAGCCCGGGAUAGCACGGUGCUCCGAGCCGGCGAGGAUGAGGGACAAACUGGUGCUCAGCACUCAGGCCUCCGCCUUCAGCUGUUCUUCCAAUCCUCCAGCCGAGAUAGUUUCCAAAUGCGACCGCUGCUACACGCGCCCCUGCCUCAACGGAGGGUCCUGCUCCGCCACGGCAUCUGGAGGAUUCGAAUGUGCUUGCGCAAGGGGUUUCCAUGGCGAGACAUGUCAGCACCAGAUAGACGCGUGUUACGGCUCACCGUGCGCCAACGGGCAAUGCCAACUCCUCGAAGAAGGCAGAUUUCAUUGUUCAUGCGAGGCUGGUUACACCGGUGUCCGUUGCGAGGUGAACAUCGACGACUGCGUGAAUCAUCGAUGCCAGAACAACGCUACCUGCCUCGAUCGACUGGAAGGAUACUCGUGCAAAUGUGCCCCAGGGUAUAUGGGCGAAUUUUGCGAGAAGAAGAUACCAUUCUGUACGGCGGAGUUUAACCCCUGCGCUAACGGCGGUAUAUGCACUGACCACACUUCCCACUACACUUGUUCGUGUCCGAGGGGCUAUUCCGGCCACAAUUGCACCAUCAACGCCGACGACUGCGUGAAUCAUAUGUGCCAGAACGGCGCGAGCUGCGUGGACGGCUUGGACGAGUACAAGUGCGCAUGCGCGGCGGGGUACGCGGGGCGGUACUGCGAGGCGGCGCCGCACGCCGCUCUGGGCACCUCCCCCUGCGCGCACCACGACUGCCUGCACGGCGUGUGCCACCUGCCCGCCGCGCUGGCCGCGCUGCACGACGACAUUAUGAUGGAGCGCGGGGGGCACGCGGGCGCCGGCGACUACCUGUGCAAGUGUGCGCCGGGGUACUCCGGCCGCUUCUGCGAGUACCUGACUUCCCUCACGUUCAACCACAACGACUCGUGGGUGGAGCUUGAACCACUGCGCACGCUGCCACAGGCCAACGUUACACUAGUAUUCAGCACCACCCAGCACCACGGGGUAUUGAUGUACUUCGGCGAUCACGAGCACCUCGCCGUGGAACUCUUCAACGGACGUAUACGCAUCAGCUACGACGUCGGGAACCAUCCCACUUCUACUAUGUACAGUUUCGAAAUGGUUUCGGACGGCAAAUACCACAAGGCGGAACUUCUAGCGGUCAAGAAGAACUUCACACUGCGUGUAGACGACGGGCCCGCGAGGUCGAUCAUCAAUGAAGGCAACAAGGAAUAUCUUCGGCUGGAGAGCCCCAUGUACCUGGGAGGAGUGCCCGAAGAUAUAGCCAAGACUGCCUUCGGGAGAUGGCACCUGCGCAACGUAACCAGCUUCAGAGGUUGCUUGAAAGAAGCUUGGAUAAACCACAAGCGUGUGGACUACGGGAAUGCUGUGCGGAUGCAACGACACGCGCCCGGAUGCGGGGAAGAGGAAACCUUGCCUGCUCCCGGUCCAGUUGCAGCACAAGCUGAUGCUAAACACUCACAGGACCCGUGCGUCCCGAACCCGUGCGCGCGCGGGGGGAGGUGCGUGAGGGAGGAGGGCUCCCCCUCCGACUACACGUGCCGCUGCCGGCCCGGCACUGCCGGCGCACAAUGCGAGCUGCGGGCCUCCGUCGGUGGAGCUCCAGUCAUCUCGCAAAGUAAGCUGCCCCCACGCAAGCCCGUCCUCAUCAGCAACGUGCAAGCAUCGCCAGCGGCGCCGUCGCAUAAGCAGCAACAAAUAGCGGCAGAGCCACCAUCAUCGUCGCCUCCCAAUGGCUGCAGGAAGGAGGCGACGCGCGAAUUCAUAACAGAAGGAGCGUGCCGAAGCCGUCGGGCCGUCCGCGGCGCCAGAUGUAGGGCACUAACUCCCUGUACCCGCAACCACUGCUGCGCGCCUAGGAAGACUAAGAAGAGGAAGAUCCGCCUCGUGUGCCCGGAUGGAACGCGUUACACGAAAGAGAUAGAGAUAGUCCGUAAAUGCGCUUGCGGUAAGAAAUGCGCGCGCACCGCUCCCCUAUUGCACUGAAGGAGACCCUUAACACCCACUCGCGAUCACGCUGCGACAGUAACUGAAUACAAUCCUGCCUAAUUUUGUACCACAAAUUGAGGUGUCGAUUCUGGCAUGAUCAUAGCAUAGCAUAGCUUUAAGUUUAAAGAAUCAUAUCUAAACUUAAAACUAAAUUUAACAUCACCAUCAGCCUAUUAAUAUCCCCACUGCUGGGGCACAGGCCUUCCCUAUGGAUGGAAUAGGGAGAUUGGGCCAUGACCCAUCUUGAUGACGCGGGCUCAGUGCGGGUUUGCGGGUGCUAACGACUGCAGAUGCAGCCGGAACCUUAAGGUGCCUUCCGAAGCACGGAGGAACUUGAAAUAGAAGAUUUUUGGUCACCCAUCCAAUGACCGACCACUGCGAAAGUUGCUUAACUUCAAGGAUGGCAGCCGAACGCGCUAACCACCUGCCCCAUCGAACUCCUCAUCAAUCAGAAAAUUAAAUUAAUAUAAAAUAAAAUUUAACAUCAAUCUCUCCUUUUAAUUGUAUAAAGAAUGACAAGGAUACACUAUUGUCAAAUCCAAGUUUAGGUUUAGAGAAUGAUGCCAGAAUCGACACCAAUUUUUCAUGCAUUAUGUGUAAAAAAUGUAACAACUCUGUUCUUAUUUUAGUUUUCCCUCAUAGUAUUAGUAUUAUCAUGCGUU